AUGGGGUGGGGCACAGGUAAUUGGGCACAAAUAGACUUAUGUAGGCCAACCUCUGUUCAGCCAGGCAUGUCUGUAAUAAAUGGCACUGUUUUCAAUUGGUAUCAUAUUCUUCUCAGAGGAGUUCUGAACUGCACAAAAUCAUAGCUUCUGUGUGUAGUGUCUUGCACCUGAUCCUUCUGUCAACAUAUUGCCCCAACACUAGAACACUCUGUUCCACUGAGUCUCCCACUGUCCAUUUCUCAAGGCGACUUCCCUCUUCCCGUGUAAAAACUGCAGAUAACAUCCAGGGCAGGAUGUACCCUCAGGAACAGAUGGGUGUGUGAACUACUGUAUAGUUACACACAGAACCACUGUUUCCCAUCAGGCCCAGCUACCAGACCUGAAACGUCAGCCCAAUCCAUGAGCGGUUGAAUUGUUUUCUGUUCAUGUCUGUUGACAUGUCAGUGUAUAAAUAGUUUGAGGUCAGAUUGUAGGCUAAAUUGAUUUAUUACAGAGGUCAGUGGCAAGCUGCAAUUCCUAUAUGUUGACAAAUGGCUCCAAAUGUUUUACUUGUGUUAAUGUUUGAAAGUUUUCACCUAUAGAAAUCCUUGGGGUAGCUGUUGUUUUGAGGUUGCUGGGAAUUGUAAUGAGCCAAUCAUUGAACAGCCUGCAGAUUACAUCAGCUAGCUAGUCAAUGGAACCUUCAGCGUUUCCGACACAAUCGGCAUAUAUGAACAGAAAGCAUGCAUGUUGUUUUAUUUGGUCUCUAUUGACCUAAUCACAGACCACCAAAAACAAACAGUAAUAUCCAAUAUUAGGCUUUGUUCAAUUAAUCCCUUAAAACAGUUGUAGUGAAAUUCCUUUGUCUUAUAUCAUUGUUUGUGACUUCCUAGUUGAAAUCUGUUGUCUCCCUGUUCCUUCUGUAAGGAAUCUUUGCCUAUCUGAACUACCAUGUACCACGGACUCGCCGGGAGAUCCUGGAGAUCCUCCUCAAAGGCCUGCUCCGUCUGGAGUACCGUGGAUACGACUCUGCCGGUGAGCUGAUGGAGAUGGCUUGUCUCAACACACUGUCUGCGUGUUUAUCAGCUGCCUUUUUGUAGGCCUGUCGGCAGGCCUCAGUUAUUCUGCUUAUCUACAGGAGUCAUGAUUGUCCAUUGGCCUCACUGUAUGCCCUUGUCUUGAGCAGGACUGUCCAAUCUAGUCAGGGUUAAAUUCAUGCUCUGUCAAACUGUAGCAUGUGUGAAAUAACUGUUACAAAAUCACACAACAAAGGCAUAUUUUUGUACUCUGUAGCAAUAAGACUCUCUUUUUGCCAGGUGUUGGAAUUGAUGGAGGGAACGGCAAGGAAUGGGAGGCCAAUGCCCGGUCUAUUCAGCUGAUCAAGCAGACCGGAAAAGUGAAGGCUCUUGACGAUGAGAUCACCAGUAAGACUACAUUUGAUGUGUCUUGGAGGGCUUAUGCCCUGUAAGGAUGUUUACUGUAGAUAAGUGGAUUGUACUGAAAUAAAUAUAAUGCAUACAAUACCAAUGGCUCAAACCUACUUUAUGUUGGGUACACGUCAAUUCAUUUAUGAAGCUUGCCUUUCAACAGUGUUUGUGUUUGCCCCACAGAGCAGCAGGACAUGGACAUGGAUGUGGAGUUUGAUGUCCACCUUGGCAUCGCCCACACUCGCUGGGCUACCCAUGGUGCCCCCAGCCCUGUCAACAGCCACCCACAUAGGUCUGACAAGAGCAAUGGUCAGUACCACAGACAUUCCUUAAACUUGUAGUACUAUUUGGCCCUCUCUCCUGUAUAGGCAUCACAUUCUGCUAGGUGUAGUAGUCUCACAUUUUCUGACUAUAUAGAGUAACGAGGGAUGUUUACUAUUAAAGUAUAUGUGUUUAUCUUUGUAUUUUUUUUAGAGUUCAUUGUCAUUCAUAAUGGAAUUAUCACAAACUACAAAGACCUGUGGAAAUUCCUGGUGAGCAGAGCAACAUUUCAACAUAUUACAUUUUUUGUCAAAGGCAGUCGGUUUCUUUCAUUAACCAAGGCUACCAGCAAGAGUUAUCAGACUUCCAUGACUGACUCUCUCCCAUUCCACAGGAGAGCAAGGGUUAUGAGUUUGAGUCCGAGACGGACACAGAGACCAUUGCCAAGCUGGUGAAGUACAUGUAUGACAACCGUGAGAGUGAAGACCUCCGCUUUGCUACUCUGGUGGAGAGAGUGACCCAGCAGCUGGUAAGAGCCUGUUCAUCUACAGAGCACAACUGUCCAGAGACAAGGCCCUGUGACCUGUCUCAUGAUUAACACUGUUCUAUCUUGUCUCCUAGGAAGGAGCUUUUGCCCUGGUCUUCAAAAGUGUCCAUUACCCUGGAGAGGCUGUAGGCACCCGGUACACUGCUACUGCAUUUUUAGAUACUCCUUGAAUUGUAAAGGAAUACUAUCCAUUAAACAUGCAUCUUUAAUUUUAUGUAAUGAUUGUAAUUGUUUAUGUUUGUAUGUAAAUAGGAGGGGAGGUCCUCUGCUUAUUGGGGUGAAAAGUGACCACAAGCUAUCCACAGAUCACAUUCCUAUCCUGUACCGAUCAUGUAAGUUAUUAAGGUAACUGCUCUCAAUAUCAGUGGGUCAGAAUGGAAGAUGAGCAGCCAUAAGCUGUUGUAUUUCUAAUACACUGUACUGUAUCUCCCCAGCUGGUAAGGACAAGAAGGGCUGCCCCACCCUGCCCAGGAUGGAGCAGGACACCUGCCACACACUCUUCGCUGAGGACAAGAAGUCUGUGGAGUACUACUUUGCCUCUGAUGCCAGGUCAGACUCCUCACCCUGUUAUUCUCUAUAUUACUCAUAUCCCACUAAUGCAAUGUUAGAUGUCUUUUUUGGAUGAACUGUACUCUCUUAGAAUCAGUCUAGACAAUUGUUUGGUGAAUGUUUUCUCCUAGGAAAGUGGGAAUUAACAACAUAAUUAACUUGGAUUCACUGUUGCUCUGUUGUCAUUGAAGCGCGGUGAUUGAGCACACCAACCGUGUGAUCUUCCUAGAGGAUGAUGACGUGGCAGCAGUGACGGCCGGACGGCUCACCAUCCACCGCAUCAAGCGUACAGCCGGAGACCACCCUGCCCGCGCCAUCCAGACCCUGCAGAUGGAGCUGCAGCAGAUCAUGAAGGGUAAGGGCUGGGGGCACAGCACUGUCAUUGGUCAACCCUCUGUAAAGAUGAUGUUGAUGGUGCUACUAGAACUUUGAGAACCCAAGAAUGCCUGGAAUUGCUGAUUAUCAUUGUCAAUACAGUCAGAAUCAGUACACUAUACAAGGGUCAUAUUUACUGGGGCCGGCAGAAUGCAACAGAAAUGAUUAAUCCAAACAACUGAUUAGUAAAUAAUGAUUUUUAUUGUUAAACGUGACUCUGUAAACUGAUCAUGUUAGCUUGCUAGAGUGGGCAAGUUAGCUGGUCCUGCUGUUGGACGUACUUGUUGACAUAUCACCAUGUAGGCUACGUUUUCUACUGUGAUUGGUCAUCAACGACAGCACCGCUUGAAAAAUAGAGCAGAAUCCUAUUUUCGCCUCCUCAGACUUUAUAUUGAGCUUGCUGCUCCCCAUGUCUCCAGCAGAGGGUGCUAAUACACUGCCAGUCAGUUUCAGGAGACAAUCCUUUGUGGUCCUAUCAUUAAAGCCCCUGCCUCUAUCUCUCUCUCCUCAGCCUCCAUUCCAGGAGCUCUGCUGAAAUAACCUCAUUCAUAUGACCUAAAUUACUGUUGGCGCAGAGGCAGGCUGCAAAACACUCGUAUUUCAUUGUCACAAAGGGCCGUGCAAGGAAACAACAAUCUCCCUGUUGGCUCUUGCUUAUUUUAUUUAGUCAAGACAUGACUUGGAAGUGAUGCAGACAAUUACAUUGAUGGAAGUUACAAUCUAUCUGCAAUAUUAAAGCUGAUCUACCCCCAAAAUAAAAAAAGACGACUGAUAAAUGUCUGAUCAUUACCGUCAAAAUGUAUCUCCAGUGUUAUUUACCUCCCAACAGCUAUAAAAUACUUAAUUAGAGCCCAAAACAACAUGUUUUCCAGGCUGGCUUCCUUUUAGUAGUAAUUAUGCGUCAACAGUAACCUUUACAAAAUGCCUAACACUUUAUAAAAAUGCAAAGCCAACAGGAUUGAAGUGAUGUUGUUGUUGAGGACUCUGAUCUAAAGUUUUUUGGAACACUUUUUAGGUAACUACAGCUCCUUUAUGCAGAAGGAGAUCUUUGAACAGCCAGAGUCUGUGGUCAACACCAUGAGAGGAAGGGUCAACUUCGAUGACAACACAGGUGAGAUGACCGUUCCAGUGUAAUACACAAAAGUCAAGUCACAAAACACUCAAGUUACUACACAAUACACGCCAUGACCCUCUCAUGUCUGUCAUUAUACCCAUCAAGGUGGUAUCCUCAUGAUCAAUUUCUAUCUGAAUACAUACCAAGAAAAGGGACAUACAGUGAGGGGAAAAAAGUAUUUUAUCCCCUGCUGAUUUUGUAUGUUUGCCCACUGACAAAGACAUGAUCAGUCUAUAAUUUUAAUGGUAGGUUUAUUUGAACAGUGAGAGACAGAAUAACAACAAAAAAAUCCAGAAAAACGCAUGUCAAAAAUGUUAAAUUGAUUUGCAUUUUAAUGAGGGAAAUAAGUAUUUGACCCCCCCUGCAAAACAUGACUUAGUACUUGGUGGCAAAACCCUUGUUGGCAAUCACAGAGGACAGUUGGCCACCAGGUUUGCACACAUCUCAGAAGGGAUUUUGUCCCACUCCUCUUUGCAGAUCUUCUCCAAGUCAUUAAGGUUUUGAGGCUGACUUUUGACAACUCGAACCUUCAGCUCCCUCCACAGAUUUUCUAUGUGAUUAAGGUCUGGAGACUGGCUAGGACACUCCAGGACCUUAAUGUGCUUCUUCUUGAGCCACUCCUUUGUUGCCUUGGCUGUGUGUUUUGGGUCAUUGUCAUGCUGGAAUACCCAUCCACGACCCAUUUUCAAUGCUCUGGCUGAGGGAAGGAGGUUCUCACCCAAGAUUUGACGGUACAUGGCCCCGUCCAUCGUCCCUUUGAUGCGGUGAAGUUGUCCUGUCCCCUUAACAGAAAAACACCCCCAAAGCAUAAUGUUUCCACCUCCAUGUUUGAUGUGGGGAUGGUGUUCUUGGGGUCAUAGGCAGCAUUCCUCCUCCUCCUCCAAACACAGCGAGUUGAUGCCAAAGAGCUCGAUUUUGGUCUCAUCUGACCACAACACUUUCACCCAGUUCUGCUCUGAAUCAUUCAGAUGUUCAUUGGCAAACUUCAAACGGGCCUGUAUAUGUGCUUUCUUGAGCAGGGGGAACUUGCGGGCGCUGCAGGAUUUCAGUCCUUCACGGCGUAGUGUGUUACCAAUUGUUUUCUUGGUGACUAUGGUCCCAGCUGCCUUGAGAUCAUUGACAAGAUCCUCCCGUGUAGUUCUGGGCUGAUUCCUGCUCACCGUUCUCAUGAUCAUUGCAACUCCACGAGGUGAGAUCUUGCAUGGAGCCCCAGGCCGAGGGAGAUUUACAGUUAUUUUGUGUUUCUUCCAUUUGCGAAUAAUCGCACCAACUGUUGUCACCUUCUCACCAAGCUGCUUGGCGAUGGUCUUGUAGCCCAUUCCAGCCUUGUGUAGGUCUACAAUCUUGUCCCUGACAUCCUUGGAGAGCUCUUUGGUCUUGGCCAUGGUGGAGAGUUUGGAAUCUGAUUGAUUGCUUCUGUGGACAGGUGUCUUUUAUACAGGUAACAAGCUGAGAUUAGGAGCACUCCCUCUCAGCUCGUUACCUGUAUAAAAGACACCUGGGAGCCAGAAAUCUUUCUGAUUGCAAAUCAAUUAUAACAUUUUUGACAUGUGUUUUUCUGGAUUUUGUUGUUGUUAUUCUGUCUCUCACUGUUCAAAUAAACCUACCAUUAAAAUUAUAGACUGAUCAUUUCUUUGUCAGUGGGCAAACGUACAAAAUCAGCAGGGGAUCAAAUACUUUUUUCCCUCACUGUAUGAUCACUGUAUUUUGAUUGUUUGUAUCCUUAGUAACCCUGGGUGGACUGAAGGAUCACAUUAAAGAGAUCCAGAGGUGUCGACGGCUCAUCCUCAUCGCCUGUGGCACCAGCUACCAUGCUGGGGUGGCGGUGAGUAACAGAUGACCUUUUCUAUAAUACAGGAAUGAUAUAUUACCAGCAUAAAAUGGAGUCAACUAGAGCCUAAGGCUGGUUUGUACAAGGAAACAUGUUUUUCAGUGUGGAUGUCUUGUGUGAUCCAGUGUUGAUAAACAGUGCUGAUCUUUCCCCAGCAGACUCGCCAGGUACUGGAGGAGUUGACUGAGCUGCCUGUUAUGGUGGAGCUGGCCAGCGACUUCCUGGAUAGAAACACACCAGUGUUCCGUGACGACGUCUGCUUCUUCAUCAGCCAAUCAGGUGGGAGGAUUGCUGUCUCUUCAUGGACCUGAACAUUGCCACUGUCUGUCUUUGUCUGUUCUCAUUUCCCCACACAAUACAGCUUCAGCAAUGUCUCAUACAAGCAAGUUCUUUAACUCUUUACUGCUAACUUCAUGUAUUGAUACUGAACGUAUAGACCUGAUGAUAUCCAUUAUUCCGGUCUAUAGAAUCUGAUAUUGUAUUCAGUAUAUACACAUAGUCCAAGUAGUGAUAACCUGUUCCAGUAUCUAUCCUGAGUGCUGAUUGCAUCGCUACCUUUGUGUGCAGGCGAGACAGCAGACAGCCUGAUGGCCCUGCGCUACUGUAAGGAGAGAGGAGCCCUGACAGUGGGCGUCACCAACACAGUGGGCAGCUCCAUCUCCAGAGAGACAGACUGUGGGGUGCAUAUCAACGCUGGGCCAGAGAUAGGAGUGGCCAGCACCAAGGUGAGGGGACAGGCUCGCUGCUGCUCAAAGUGUAGCACUUCUCCAGGCUGAUGCCUUUCCCAUACUGACUCUCAUAAUUCACAUAGUGUACUGCCCAGUAGACACUCAGCUGUUGAAACAGGAAACCUUCCCUUCACCAUACUCAGCUAUGGGCAACUUCUUUUACUUCUAUGGUGGGAAAAAAUGCAGGCAGGUUGAAGUGUCUGGGAAACUUCCAUUCAGGAUAGACUAUUUGUCUUCUCUCAGGGUGGGGAAGUUCCUCCUAUCCCACUCCUGAGUGUUUCAGUUGGUCAGACUGCAUUAGGGUUGUUGGAGAUUAAUGGAAUGGUCUCCUUCUCAAUUAGGUAGAACAGCGUUAUAAAGUUCAGAGUCCUUUUCACAUGGCGUGGUCUAUAUAAUCACCCAUGUAUACUUAUUAUUGCAAGGACAUGAGGUUCAUGCCAAUAUGCUGCACUGGUGGUUUCUGUAUAGUUAAUGCAAACCCUGAAGCACUUGGGCGCUAAUGUCAGUGCAUAGCACGUGGUUAACCCCUCUCUCCCUUGAAAUUCGAGAACUUCAUCUGAAAUUAGUGUCUGGAUCCUUUUGGAAGAGAGAGGUUAUUUAAAACUGCUAUAUUCCACUGCUCUACACAGAACCCAUAGUGCCUGAUAUUCUCAUCUUUACUCUUGUAAAAAGUAAGGAUCCAUGGUUUCCCUCCUCUACUAUGAGCCCUGAUCCUACAGGUUGCCAAAGUGGGGUUGCAGAUGACUGGAGUUCAUUCCACUCAGCAGUGGAGUCCCAGUCCCAGCUGCGGGGGGGGGGGGGGGGGGGGGGGGGGGGGGGGGGGGGGUAGAAAAAGAGAGUCCGGUCCCUCCCUGUUCUGGCUCUCGGGCUUGGCUCAGGGACUCUUCGGCAGCUCCAAGGCCCCAGCACAGAGCAGAAAGCCUGGAGAGCAUGCCUCAAAGACGCCAUCCUUUACUGCUUGUCUGGCACAGGCCCACCCAGCCCAGCCCAGCUCAUCACAUCAUAGAGGACAUGAUGUAUUUCACCCACGGCUCAAUACACGCUCCUGCUGUCUCCGUUUGUGGUAUCAUUUCAUAAUGUUAAUAUUAUUCAGAUGAACUUUCUGGGGGACAUUUAACUGGAUGCCUCUGGUGAUGUCUUGUUCUUAUGAAUCGUCUCAGAAUUGAGGCGCUCCACAACUAUGCCUGCUAAACUAGGUCAGGGAGAAUGAAGGGGAUGGCUGGAGUUGAGACGGCACCACUUCUUGAAUACACGUCUCCACUUAGCUAAACAAUAGAUAUUGAGGGCGUGAAUGGAAGCAAAUGAGAGUCAUCUGUGGUCUUAAUCUGAAUAGAACCUGGAGCAUGCUUGUACCCUUACGUGUUUUAUGUAACUAUUCAUCAUGCUGUAUUGCCUGAGGAGGACAUGGUUGCAUCAGUGUGUGUGACAGGCUAGCGUGAGCCACUGUCCUCUUUCCACAUUCUGGAUGGAGUGAUGGGGGUUUUAACAGGAUUAAAUGCACUGCCACAUCUGAGUGGAUGGCUAGGACUGUCAGAGUUGUGAGGGACUGUGGUUCCAGUGCUGUCAAGGAAAAUAGCUGUGUGAAAGUUUUACAACCAUGCCUUUGGCUUUAGAUGCUAGCACCACCGCGUCCAGUAGGUCCUGUCAAAUGGCUUGGCUCCUCUUGAAGAACGUUGAUUUAAAUCUCCUAAACGGGUAGGGAGAGCCUUCUAACAUAUGUGUGAGUGGUGGUGACACUUUUCAGAAGUAAGAAAGAGAAGCGCGUCAUGGUUCUACUUUCUUCUACUGUAGUUAGGGCAGCUGUUUUUGUGCUGUUUGUUUAGCUAGUAAUAAUAAUAAUAAUUUGGUGGGGGCUUAUACUUGUACAAUUGAAAUGUGUUUUUUUGCAGAUCCCAACUCCCCCUUAGACACCCUCGGAGCGUGGGAUUACGGCCAGGGUCUGCCAUUUUAUAAACGGUGGCCCUGGAGCAAGUAGGGUUAAGUGCCUUGCUCAAGGGCACGUAGACAGAUGUUUCACCUUGUUGGCUCGGUGACUCGAACUAGCGACCUUUCGGUUAUUGUCCCAACACUGAAACCGCUAGGCUACCUACUGCCCUAUUGUCUUAUUGUCAGGGGAUGUGUUCAUCUAUAGUGUUGCCAGAUUGUGUCCUCAUAAUGCUGUGCUAGCUCUCCCCUGUCCUGUCCUGCAGUAGAGGGCCUAACUGUGUCCAGCCCAUCCUGCAGCCCAGCUCUCCAUCCACUUCUCAUCUGGUGCACAUUAUUACUGUGGAGCUGGCAACCAGAGGAGGUGGACAAGACUCUACUGCUCCAAUAACUGUACUGCAAAGUAAACUGGGGAUCUGGCAACCCAGGCCCUUUGCUAAACGUGGGGUUCCGCCGUCUCUGGCCCAGGAUGGAGAGAGGGAAGACUGUGAUUCCUUUUUAGAACCAGCAACCCUAGAGGUGUGAUGAUCACCUCUCGCCUGUCUGAGAGAGAAGAGCAUCUCGGAGACUCCUGGGAACUCAAGGUGUCCUGUACUGUCUGAUUCUUCCUGGAGCAUUAAGCAUGCAUUAUGUCUGUCUGUUCUGUUGUUUUGCAGGCCUACACCAGUCAGUUUGUGGCUCUGAUCAUGUUUGCGCUGUUGAUGUGUGACGACAGGAUCUCCAUGCAGCCACGGCGACGUGAGAUCAUCCAGGGCCUGAGAGUUCUGCCAGGUAGACCAGACCCUACACACAUCUACCAAGACAUUGCACUGUGCUGUUAAUGAGCAUUAACGUCAAUAUGUGUGAUACUCAAAGGGAUGUACAGAUUAUUCAACACACUUACUCUACUGACCUACUGUAGUAUAGACAGCAGCAGGUAAUGGUCACAGUCAGCGCAGCCAGAGAGAGGGAUGGGAAGCCUGUAGUGGGCCUCCUCGGUCUGUCUGUCAUCUGGCAGCCAUGUUCCUCCAACUGGGCUGUUUUUGUUUCAACAAUAUGCGUUGAUAUCAGCGAGCUAAUGCAAUGACUGUGCUGUGGAGGUAUCCUCAGAGAGAGCGAGCGAGAGAGAGAGCGAGGGAACAAGAGCGUACAGUGGGGAGGGAGGAGGUUUCAGCAGCUGGGUCACUCCUGGCUGUUUUCCCUGGCACACUCCUCUGGACCCAUAGCCUUAUGUUAAACUAAUGAGGUUAGGAAUGUUUGGCCACACACUGCUCUGUCUCCCUCCUCUUCCUGACCCAAGCCCCCAUUGACCCCAGUCUCCAGGACCUGUUAACAGUGGCCUGCUGCACUUUCAUAGGAUGGGUGUUACUGUAUUGUCUUUCAUCCAGGAGUUUUGUUUGAUGAAAUGUAUUUUCUGACGUGUUGUUCUCCCAAAUAUACCACCACAAGAAGAGGAAUUGAAGAGGAAUAUUUUGUAGGGUUAUCUCAUUUAAUAACCUUGAACUAAGAUGACUGUUUUUCCUCUUUGUACCUGUCUCGCUAUCUCUGUGUGUUCCCUGCUGCUCCUCCUUCCUCCCUCUCUUUGUGUGUCAGACCUGAUAAAGGAGGUGCUGAGUCUGGAUGAUGAGAUCCAGAGCCUGGCAGCAGAGCUGUACCAGCAGAAGAGUGUUCUCAUCAUGGGCCGAGGCUACCACUAUGCCACCUGCCUGGAGGGAGCACUGGUCAGCAUGCCCACCUCCAUCUCCGCAUCCUAAAACUUAAUGUUGUCUCUUCAGACCUGUAUUCUACAGGAAUCUCCAUUCUCAACUCCUAAAUGAGAUUAUGAUCAGUGUGAUAAGAUACUUCAGGAGAAGAUUGGCCCAGAGUUGUUUCACUUUCCAAUAGCCCACAAUAACUGUUCUGCCUCAGCCUCACGCAAGCCCUAAUGGAGUCUAGCCUGCUGGAAUUUCUGCUGAAGUGUUUUUAAUCACAGCAACUCAUUAGACUGACUUAGAAACGUCUCUCUCUCCCGAGUGGCGCAGCGGUCUAAGGCACUGCAUCACAGUGCUUGAGGCGUCACUACAGAUCUGGGUUCGAUCCCGGACUGUGUUGCAGCCAGCUGUGACCGGUAGACCCAUGAGGCGGCGCACAAUUGGCCCAGCAUAGUCUGGGUUAGGGGAGGGUUUGGCCGCCCGGGAUGUCCUUGUCCCAUUGCACUCUAGCGACUCCUGUGGCGGGCCGUGCGCAUGCACACUGACACGGUCGCCAGUUGUACGGUGUUUCCUCCGACACAUUGGUGAGGCUGGCUUCCGGGUUAAGCGAGCACUGUGUCAAGAAGCAGUACGGCUUGGCAGGGUUGUGUUUCGGAGGACGCAUGGCUCUCGACCUUCGCCUCUCCCGAGUCCGUACGGGAGUUGCAGCGAUGGGAGAAGACUGUAACUACCAAUUGGAUACCACGAAAAAGGGGUAAAAAGUACAAGGGAAAAAAUUAACGUCUCUGCAUAAUUGCAACCACUCUCCACACUAUUUGCGAAUUCUUCAAGUUUGUUGAUUGCCAAUUCUCUAGUAUCUCAAACAUAGGCACACAAAGCGUUGGGUCAGUGUGCUGUACUCCUGGAUCUGACCGAGUGUUCCCAGGCCAGUCUACUGUUCCCUUUUUAGAAUUUAAGAUAAGAUAUACGUACUCAUCUUAUGUCAUCUCAUGUCAGUAUGGUGUUUUUCAGAGGUUGUGUGUCCCUGAAUGUGUAUGGGAGUCACAGUGAGUGGUUUCCUAUCUGAAUGAGGUGUUUGUCUCUCCUCUCCAGAAAAUCAAGGAGAUCACGUACAUGCACUCAGAGGGCAUCCUGGCCGGGGAGCUGAAGCACGGUCCUCUGGCCCUGGUCGACAAACUCAUGCCCGUCAUCAUGAUCAUCAUGAGAGACCACACCUACACCAAGUGUCAGAACGCACUGCAGCAGGUGGUGGCCCGCGCGGUAAGAACUGACAACGGGGACACACAAUAUCUCAAUAAACCAUUUAGCUUUCCACGCCCCCAACUGUUGAAAGGUUGGAACCACAGUAAACCAUUGCCAAUUAUGUUAUCUGGUUGUUAAACUCACUUUCAAUAAACAUUUUAGAUUUCUGGUAGUGAUCUGUCAGCUAGCUGUUGAAGUGACCACCUACCUUCCAGUUUAAAAAUAAAUAUAACUCAAAGAUAUGGAUAUUAAGUGCUUCAUGCACACAUACUUUACACAUUAGAUUUGUUUUCACAGUACAGUAAUAUCAAAUGGUCUUCACAUUCACCACAAAGUGCAAGGGAGGAGUUAUUUUCUACAUGACAUCACCACUCUCACUAAUCUACCACAUAUGUGGACCUAAGCUUUGGGUUUGAGACAUGAAAGUCAACAAAGCUAUUCUUCAGGGAAGGACCAAAGUAUCACAUUCACAUUUCAACACUGAACUCCAGGUUAAAGGAAAUGACAUGCAGUGUUGUGCUGGAAACAAAAUGCCAUUUGUUUGGUUUACAGGGCCGACCCAUCGUGAUCUGUGACAAGGAUGACUACGAGACCGCCAAGAGCUCGAGCCGCACCAUCAAAGUGCCGCACUGUGUGGACUGUCUGCAGGGCGUCCUGAGUGUCAUCCCCCUGCAGCUGCUCUCCUUCCACCUGGCCGUGCUCAGGGGCUUUGACGUGAGUACUGCACUGUCACAGAGUUGGGUUCUUACUGUAGGCCUUCAUAAUAGGGAGUCCAUUUCGUAAGGUUGUUGCUACUUGGCAAAUGUAGGAAUGUCCAACUCUUCUCUCCCAAUACAGGUGGAUUGCCCAAGGAACCUGGCAAAGUCUGUGACCGUAGAGUGA